GUAGGUCUGAAGAUCUUUCUCUCUUUCUCCUAAAUUCUUCUUCGUCUUCUCCAAAGAAAAAACCGAGCUUUAUACAGAAAAACAGACAAUAGAGACUGAGAAGAAUUCUGGGGUGUAGAUUGGAACUUUGUUGAUUUCAGUUUGAAGAAACACAGCCGAUCACUUUCUAUUUGUGAAUCUGUUUCCAAGUAAGAAGGUUUUGAGAUGGCAGAUGCUUAUUGCUCAGACUGUAAGAGAAGCACAGAGGUAGUGUUUGACCACUCUGCAGGGGACACAGUUUGUUCCGAAUGCGGGCUUGUCUUGGAAGCUCACUCCAUCGAUGAGACAUCUGAAUGGAGGACCUUCGCGAAUGAGUCUGGUGAUAAUGAUCCCGUCCGUGUUGGUGGUCCAUCAAACCCUCUCCUCACUGAUGGUGGUCUUUCCACUGUGAUUUCAAAGCCAAAUGGUGCCUCUGGUGAUUUUCUGUCAUCCUCGCUAGGACGUUGGCAGAAUCGGGGCUCAAAUCCUGACCGAUCGCUUAUCCAAGCCUUCAAAACCAUCGCUACUAUGUCUGACAGAUUGGGCCUUGUUGCAACCAUAAAGGAUAGAGCGAAUGAAAUAUAUAAGAAGGUGGAAGAUCAGAAGUCCAUUAGAGGAAGAAACCAAGAUGCAAUUUUGGCUGCCUGCUUGUAUAUAGCUUGUCGUCAAGAGGAUAAACCUCGCACGGUGAAGGAAAUCUGCUCUGUUGCCAAUGGAGCAACAAAGAAGGAAAUAGGGCGCGCGAAAGAGUACAUCGUGAAACAAAUGGAGAUAGAGUUGGGUCAAUCUAUGGAAAUGGGAACCAUACAUGCCGGGGACUUUUUGAGGCGUUUCUGUUCCCAUCUGGGUAUGACCAACCAAGCUGUUAAAGCUGCACAAGAAGCAGUUCAAAAGUCGGAAGAGCUUGACAUAAGGAGGAGCCCUAUAUCAGUAGCAGCUGCUGUCAUUUACAUGAUAACUCAGCUGUCGGAGGAGAAGAAGCUACUCCGAGAUAUAUCCAUUGCAACUGGAGUUGCUGAGGGAACCAUUAGGAACUCAUACAAGGAUCUGUAUCCUUACGCUGUUAGGUUAAUACCUACCUGGUAUGCAAAAGAGGAGGAGCUGAGGAACUUAUGCAGCCCUUGAAGUGUAUCUUGUAACAACUUCUCUGAUGAGCUUGUCCUCUCCUUUCUCUUCAUGAAGAAACUUUUCGAGGCUUAAAAUCAGUUGUUUUGUUGUAAAUUCACAAUUUCCAGUACAUCUUUAUUUCGUUCCUUCUUCGGUUAUGUAUUGGACUUUAUCACACCAAAGCUCUUAUGGCUGGUAGUCCAUGCCCUGACAUAACUUAGUAGAGAUUCUUGGAAUGUUUUUUCAAUAUAGGGAAAAAGAAUCAAAGAUGGACUCAUUGAUCUCACAUUGGUUGCUCUGUGGAAACUAUUUAUUGGAUAUAUUGUAGUUUGCUUAAGAGUAAGAAACAGGCAAGGCUAUAUAUUGCUCAA